GGUGGUGUUCACAUGUUUUAAAUAAAUAAAUUUUCUGUGUAAUACAGUUUCGAAUUUCGGUGUACAACUGCUGCCAUAAAAAUCAAAAAUUCAAAUUUGCAGUGUUGUUGGAAAGUUCAUCGCAAUGCUAAAUGGCUACCUCAAAACCCUAAAGUCCCAAUUGCAGAACCCUAAAAUUUAUUCGCAUGGUUCUGUUACUCACUACCCCACUUGCCAAAACCGUUCAAUUUAUAAUCCCGCAAUUCAAUUUGUCCUGAAUGAAGUUCAGGAAUUCCAAUCCUCAAAAACCCAGCGCAGCCAUCCUGUUCAGAAGGAAGGAGAAGAAGUGUCUUCGCCGCAGAAGCAGCAACAGCAAGCAGUUCUUCCAAGCACCCAGAUUUCACACCCAUGGCGCGAAUGGGUGGACUUGAUGGAGAAGCUGUUGAAAAAUGGGUAUUUUGACGAAAUUGGAAACCCUUUUGCGAAUAAAGGUGAAGUGGGCGGUAAAGAGGCGAAUUUGAUAAGAACUGCUUGUUUGAAUUUCGCUCGCGAUCAGUAUCAACUUAUACGAUACUUGUCACGAAAAGACAUUAUUGUAAUUGCCGGGUCUGGAUGUCCAAGCACAGAUAGGAAAGUUGUGAACUCGGGAAAGCGUCUAAGGGCUCAUGUAGGGAUAAAUGAAGGAAAUGUUUGCAGCUCUUGUAUUCUAAGAGGAGAUUGUGACAGAGCGUAUGUAAAGGCACGUGAGGAUGAAGGAGGUAGAACUGUGGAUGUUAUGCGCUUUUUGUUGACAUACGGUCUUGAUCCCGUGAUUGGUUCUGUGGAAAAUAAGCCAUCUUUAAACAAAAAUGUUAAAGAAUCUGUCAGAACAUUGUUAAAAGAAAUUGUGUACGUCAAGGUUGAUGAGCAUGAUCACGAAACACCAAACACCACUACUCAAGAUCGGAUCCCGUCUACUCAAAAAAGCGGUGGCAACCAAGAACAGAGUCAGACUGAUGUUCCACUGAAGCAAGGUGAUUGGAUUUGCCCCAAAUGCAAUUUCCUUAAUUUUGCACGGAAUGUCAAGUGCUUGAGGUGUAAUGACCUAUUCCAGGAAAGGUUAAAAAAAUUAUCAGAAGAACAGGGGGAUCUUCCUUUGAAGAAAGGCGACUGGAAAUGUGACAAGUGCUACUUUCUCAACUUUGCUAGAAAUACGAGGUGUUUGCAGUGCAAGGAGAAUCCUCCAAAGCGGCAAUUGAAUCCUGGCGAGUGGGAGUGUGACUCGUGCAAUUAUAUCAACUUUAAAAGAAAUAUGGUAUGUCUGAAAUGUGACCAUAAGAGACCAAUUGCGUCUCAACCCGUAAACAAUAGUUUAAGGAAUAGUCAGACACAACCUUGGCACGAGCAAGAGAGGUCGAGUAGGUAUAAAGGUGAUGAUUCCAUCAUAUUCGUAAAAAGUGAAAAUGAAGAUCAAAUUGGGUCAAGAUCAUGGAAUCAAGCACCUGGUUUCAAGGACUUUCCCGUUGCUGGAGGUAAGAGUGAGUUGUCCCGUGACGUGCAAAAGCACGACUCAUGGAAAAGGGAAAUGGCCGCCAAGAGCAGAAUUGUGAUUCAUGAAAGGGAAGAUUCAGGCAGACACAAGUCGUACAUCUUUCGAGGAAGAAGGGAAUAUCCUGCAUCUGGCGAUGAUGAUGACAUGGCUGAAUGGUUUGGUAAGGGGCUAAGCUCAUGAUUAUGAACAUCAAAUCUCCACAAACUAAGUUCAUUUGUGAUUUCGUUUCCGUCUUAGAAAGUGAAUUCCAUAAUACAUUUGUAGAUAUUUCUCCAUGCUUGGUAACAGUGUUUCCACAAGACUACCCUUAAUCUUAGGCUUAUUGACAUAGAGAACAUUCCCUUCUUCGAUCCAGAUAAUCUAAUGUUUUGUUUGUUCGCGACUUAGCUUGUACUUGAAAACGAUCAAGUGUCGUUUGACCAUGAGACAUGUCAAGAUUCGGAUCCAAACGAGCUUGACGAACAUUACAAAUAUGUUGAUAUAUGAGUUUGGAUUUGAAUCUUGACAUGUAUUAUAAUGAGAGUUGUAUGGUCUCGAACAAGAUUCUCUCUAUUUGUAGCCUUGGAGUGUAUGGUCUCUUGGUGCCGGUUGGAAGACAACCCUGAUUUUUUGGGA